AUGGCGGGCACGCCGGCAGCACCUCUGUCGCCAGACGCAGGCCCGAGCGACUCUCAACUCCCGAAGCUGCCGUCAGGCUGGAUAGCACAGUGGGACAGCAGCUCUCGCAAAUACUACUACGUCCAGAUAAGCACCGGCGUUUCGCAGUGGGAUCUGCCAACCAGCGAAGCCCCCGCUGGCCCUUCGCGGCGACCCGAGCAGAUUCCUGCAAGCGCAUGCGAAAACGCGGGCAUUCCCGACCCAGCGAAACCGCCGAACGGCGUACCCGAGGAUUACAGUAGCGACAGAGGCCUGGGUAGCACCGCUUUCAACCUUCUAGCAUCGCAGCAUGGCGGCGGAAAACAGUCUUCUGGGAUUGGAAGCCUGGCUACAUCACUCCUGAACAGUGGUUCUCACGGAAGCAGCUCUCAAUCUGGCGGACACAGCAGUGGCACUGCCGGGCUUGUAGGAUCGCUCGCCAGUAACUUGCUUGGAGGGAACAAGCCGCAUGGGCAACAACAGGGAAGCCACAGCGGCUCUGCUGGCUCUCAUCAGAGCAGUGGGUUGGGAGGUGUGCUGGGCGGCAUCCUAGGCGGUGGAAGUCAUGGCUCGCACGGCCAGCAGAACAAUAAUUACGGGUAUUCUUCUGGAGCACCAACGACUGGCGGUUACUCUGGCACCGCUCCGCCUGCCCACUAUAACCCCGUUGGCUCCGCUUCCCACACACCCAACUCCGGACCGUCGUAUCCCGGACAGCCCGGCUACAACAACCAAUAUUCCAGCCCCAACCCGCUCAAUGGUCAAAACCAAUAUGCGCCUCCUGCACACACUUCGUCGUUCGGUAGUCAGCCGCAGCAUACAUCAUCGUUUGGCCCGCAAAGUUCGGCAUCAUGGGGACCCCAGGCGCAAAGCACCCCUUCGUUCCCGCCUCCGCCUGCGCAACCGCAACAGCACCACCAGGGAGCUUAUAGCUCUGCGCCGCACGACCAGCCUCAAAACCAUGCGGGAUACUUCAAUCAAGGGAGUCCGCAAGGUGCUUAUGGGCAGCAUGGAGGGUACGGCAACACGCAGCAUGUCCCACCACCCCCUGCUGGGAACUUUUCACAGGGCAGCUAUAAUGCGGUUCCUUACGGACAGCCAUCUCCUCACGGAGGGUACGGUCAAUCGCCGGUGCAGCCCCAGCAGGGUGGCUAUACCGCAGGGUACGUCAGUCAAGCACCAAAUGGGCAACAUGGUGCGUAUGGGCAGGGACAACAUCAGGCUGGAUACCAUGGCAGCGCAGCACCGUCGCAGCCCGGAUG